GAAUGUCGUGCUUGAAGUUGAAAAUUGCCAGUUUGGUUUCUGAAUGGCGGCAAGACAAUAACGGAAAGGAGACAUGCAUACUUUACGCAUUCAACAUUAAGGUGACCCCGACAUGCGAAAUGUGCAUUGAUCUUCAGAAUUACGUGUGUUUCGGCCAGAAUAGACUUUUGUACUCUAGAAGUUUUACCUUUUCAAUAGGAAUCACAUUGGACGAUGACUACUUCACCCUUGACCGCGACUGGUCAUUGUUAACUUUCCUACUGUAUCGACAACAGUGUGAUGAUUUCUUUGCUGAUAAAUGUAAUGAACAUAAACGAUACAUUUACAAUCUCUCAGCCAUAAUUAAUAGUGAAGAUUCACCCGAGAUUGCAGUUGAACGAGCUAGCAAGUCAAUUACGUCAAUGCGAUUUUGCCUCGGGUGGUUCCGUCCUGCCGAAUUGUUGUUUCCUGCCCAAACACCCUUUGAUUUCGUUCGAGUGUGUAUGAGUUUCGUCUCGGGCAGUUUCGAAGGCGCAUUAAUUAUUUUUCUUGGUUGGAAUGGCAGGUCUGAAAAGAAUAGCUCUUCAGACGGGGUUUUGUCCUAUCAAUCCCCAAUACUCUUGAUUUCGCUCGGGA